CUCUAGUAUGUGACGCACCACUAAGCUGUCAAAAACCAAAACUUAAAAAUGCGGUUUUUGCAUAUAUUUGCACAUUUUUGAAACUCCAGAAGAAGCGCGAUUACAAGGAACGAAUGCAUCGCAUGCUAUCUUAACCAUCCUCACAUACCACCCAUUUCCAUAAGCGUAAUAACAUCAAAUAUCGAGUUUGUUUGUUUGAAUAAGGAUGGAGAGAUUUGAGGUUUAUAUCUUCACGGCUCUGUGCAGCAUUAACUUUCUCAUAUCCUGCCUUCUUUUCUCCAAAAUCACACGGGAACAGAGAGAUCCGUACAUGGAUGAGAUAUUCCAUGUCCCUCAAGCGCAGAAGUACUGUGAUGGGAAGUUUAAUGAGUGGGAUCCGAUGAUCACCACUCUUCCUGGGCUGUAUCUGGCAUCAGUGGGUCUGAUCAGGCCGGUGGUUUGGCUGGCAGAUCUGAAGGGCAGGGUGGUUUGCUCUACUGCCAUGCUGAGAUUCAUCAAUCUGCUCUUUAAUAGUGGCAAUCUCUAUAUCAUCUAUCUGAUCAUCUGCAGGCUGCACAUCAAAGACAAGUCCCGUUCUGCCUCUCGUAGAAUAUUCUCUGCCCUGGCUCUGUCCACGUUCCCCGUGCUGUACUUCUUCACGUUCCUGUAUUACACCGACGCCGGCUCCACGUUCUUCACCCUCUUCAUGUACCUCAUGACUCUGUACGGAUGCCACAAAGCGGCGGCGUUCCUCGGCGUCUGCGCCGUCCUUUUCCGGCAGACCAACAUCAUCUGGGUGGCGUUCUGCGCCGGCGCCGUGGUGGCCCAAAAAAUGGACGAGACCUGGCGAACCGAACAAUCGAAGAAGCGGGAGGAAAAAUCCCCCUCUCAAAUCCCUCUAACCAUCAAUGGUGUGAUGAGAGUGAUGCGUUUCCUGUUGGAUUUCCUGAAAACGCCCUCUAAUAUAAAAGCGGUGUUCUUGUCCACAUGGCCGUACAUUGCUGUAGCCGUUCUUUUCGUGGUUUUCACGGCGUUGAACGACGGAAUCGUGGUCGGAGAUCGCAGUAAUCACGAAGCAUGUCUGAACUUCCCUCAGAUUUUCUAUUUCCUGUCGUUUGCGCUCGUGUUUUCUCUUCCUACCUCAAUGAGUUACCAAAGGGUCGUCCGGUUUCUGCAGUCUUUAAAAAAGCAACCCUUCAUUUAUGCCGUGCUGAUGGCGUCCUCCUUGUUUCUGGUCUGGAAAUUCACUUUUGUUCACAAGUAUCUGCUCGCGGACAACCGACACUUUCCGUUCUAUGUUUGGAAGAGGGUUUUUCAGAGACACGACCUUGUCCGUUUCCUUUUAGUCCCUGGAUAUGUGUUCGCAGUAUGGAACUUUCUAGAUACUUUGAGGGCCAAGUCUCUGUUUUGGUGUCUGGCGUUCUGUACGUGUCUCGUGGCGGCGACCGUUCCGCAGAAACUCUUGGAGUUUCGAUAUUUCAUCCUCCCGUAUCUGUUAUAUCGCGUUCACGUCCCUGUGCCGUCUUUACCCAGACUGCUUCUUGAGUUUAGCUUCUAUACCGCAGUCAAUGCUGCUACGGUGUAUAUAUUCAUCUAUAAAACAUUUCAGUGGCCCGACAGUACGGCUGCGCAAAGAUUCAUGUGGUGACUCGACCUGAAUAAUGAAUUAAAGCUGAGCGUUUUCACAUUUUCUAUACGCGAAAGAAAUGUUUUCAUCAUAUAUCAAUAAUAAAAAUGAAUUUUAUGUGACAUGAUGCCAUGACAUUGCAAUGCCGCUUCAAAUGCUCCAUUUGCGGU